GGGGCCGCCAUCUUGGCUGGAGGCGAAGCGGCUGCGGCUCCUGUCAGGGGGGCGGCAGGUCCGGAGAGGCCGGUGCUCGCCUUCCCGUCACCUCAGCCCUAGGCCCAGUGGAACCGGAGCGCGGGAGCGCCCCACCGCCGCCCUCGCCAUGGUGCUGUUGGCAGCAGCAGUCUGCACAAAAGCAGGAAAAGCUAUUGUUUCUCGACAGUUUGUGGAAAUGACUCGAACUCGGAUUGAGGGCUUGUUAGCAGCUUUUCCAAAGUUGAUGAACACUGGAAAACAACAUACAUUUGUUGAGACAGAGAGUGUGAGAUAUGUCUACCAGCCUAUGGAGAAAUUGUACAUGGUACUGAUCACUACCAAAAACAGCAACAUUUUAGAAGAUUUGGAGACUUUAAGGCUCUUCUCGAGAGUGAUCCCUGAAUAUUGUCGAGCCUUAGAAGAGAAUGAAAUAUCUGAACACUGUUUCGACUUGAUUUUUGCUUUUGAUGAAAUUGUUGCUCUGGGAUAUCGGGAGAAUGUUAACCUGGCACAGAUCAGAACCUUCACAGAAAUGGAUUCUCAUGAGGAGAAGGUUUUCAGAGCAGUCAGAGAGACUCAAGAACGUGAAGCUAAGGCUGAGAUGCGGCGUAAAGCAAAGGAAUUACAACAGGCCCGGAGAGAUGCAGAGAGACUGGGCAAAAAAGCUCCAGGAUUUGGGGGAUUUGGCAGCUCUGCAGUGUCUGGAGGCAGCACAGCUGCCAUGAUCACAGAGACCAUCAUUGAAACUGAUAAACCAAAGGUGGCACCUGCACCAGCCAGGCCUUCAGGCCCCAGCAAAGCUUUGAAACUUGGAGCCAAAGGAAAGGAAGUAGAUAAUUUUGUGGACAAAUUAAAAUCUGAAGGGGAAACAAUCAUGUCCUCUAAUAUGGGCAAACGUACCUCUGAAGCAACCAAAGUGCAUGCUCCACCUAUUAAUAUGGAAAGUGUACAUAUGAAGAUUGAAGAAAAGAUCACACUAACCUGUGGACGAGAUGGAGGAUUACAGAAUAUGGAGUUGCAUGGAAUGAUCAUGCUUAGGAUCUCAGAUGACAAAUUUGGCCGAAUUCGUCUUCAUGUAGAAAAUGAAGAUAAGAAAGGGGUACAACUGCAGACCCAUCCGAAUGUGGAUAAAAAACUUUUCACUGCAGAGUCUCUAAUUGGCUUGAAGAAUCCAGAGAAGUCAUUUCCAGUCAACAGUGAUGUAGGGGUGCUAAAGUGGAGACUACAAACCACAGAAGAAUCUUUUAUUCCACUGACAAUUAAUUGCUGGCCUUCAGAAAGUGGAAGUGGCUGUGAUGUCAAUAUAGAAUAUGAACUACAAGAAGAUAAUUUAGAACUGAAUGACGUGGUUAUCACCAUCCCACUUCCGUCUGGUGUUGGUGCACCUGUGAUUGGUGAGAUCGAUGGGGAAUAUCGACAUGACAGUCGACGAAAUACCUUGGAGUGGUGCCUGCCAGUGAUUGAUGCCAAAAAUAAGAGUGGCAGCCUGGAGUUUAGCAUUGCUGGACAGCCCAAUGACUUCUUCCCUGUUCAAGUUUCCUUCAUCUCCAAAAAAAAUUACUGCAAUAUACAGGUUACCAAAGUGACCCAGGUAGAUGGAAACAGCCCCGUCAGAUUUUCUACAGAGACCACUUUCCUAGUGGAUAGGUAUGAAAUUCUGUAAUAUGAAGAAGAGGGAACCGAAAAGGAAAAUUUCGAAAUUAAUAAAGAAGAAGCUGACAGUGGCUGAAGAGUUUUUCCAAAUAUAAAGCCAUCGGAGACCCCUUUUUUCUGAUACAGUGCACAAUUCUGUGCAUGCAAGGACCCUCAACUCGCCCCCAGUGUUUCAGUGUCAUAGAGACAUUCUUUGACAGAGAAAUGACACAGAUAUAAAGGGAAAGGCUGCUGAUUUCUUUGGCAGAUGUUACUGGCCAGCAAACUCCAGAGAAUGCCCCCAGUUAAAUACCUCCUCUGCAUUUGCCUAAGUUGCUCCUUUAUUUUAAUUCCUAAAUAUAAUUAUAUUUCAUACUUUGUUUUAAAAAAGAUUUUUUGUAGAAGAUUUUAAUCUUUCAUUCUCCUUUCCUGUACCUUCAGUUUUUUUCUUUGCAUACAUUCAAUCAAGCACUGGGAUCAUCUGUAUAUAGACAUUGUAAUUGUUUGGCACUCCUAGAACACGUUUAACCCAUUCUUGAUUUUUGGACUUUGCAAAUGAACUGCUUUUAAGGAGAAUGAGGUGUAGAAGUUCAAAGAUACAGUUGUGUUUUGUCAUUUCCCCUUAUCCAUUCAUACCUCCAUUUCUUUGCCAGGUAUUCCAUUCAAGGCCUGUCCCUCCAGUUUAGAAUAGUACUGUGUCCCCCACUGUGUCAAUAUUCAAGAUAGCUGAAAAAUAGCUUUCAAAUGACACAGCCCUCUCUUCAAGAUGUAUUAAAGAAUGGUUAUGUCCAUAUAGGGACUUCACACACAUCUGCAAUCACGUCUUCUACUAAUGCUACCCAGGCUUCCAGUUCUCCACAUUUUGAACACUUAAGCUAAAACAUAAUAGUUCACAUUCUUUGUAACCCAUUCACAUUCCUGAAGUUCACCACCUGCUUCUUCCUGGCUUUUCUGUCAUCAGUCCCAUCCUUGCUGGCAGAACUGAGGUUAUAAUUUUGGAGGCUGCGGUUCGGUGAGUUUCUGUAACCAAUCCCACUGGCCCUUUGAACUAUCAAAGAAACUCCAUUUCUACCACUAGAUUUGCAGUAUCUCAAGAGGCAGCUGGUGAUAUUGCUAUGUAGGGAUUACCCAUAUAUAUCCCAUUUUCUUCCACACUGCCUUCAGUUUCUACCUGUCUCUUCCUAGCUCUGAACUCCUUUCUCCUCCUCCCCACUGAGUAUCGUGUAGUGGCUGCUUCUCAGCUCCAUCUCAUCCAUUACUUUUUCAAGCAGCCAGCCCAGCCUUGACUUUUAACCCAGUACUGACGAGAGUGAAGCAUUGCUGCGAGGCUGCGGCGCUGGCAACGGGAAGACCGGUGAUGCAGGUGACCUGCUGCGCCCCUCGCCUGCUGGAGAGUACCGCUCCCGCUCUGAGCGAGGGCACCUGUACUUGGAGCAAAGCAGCCACACAAAUGGCCAUGGAUGGAAUCGCUUGCCAAAGAAAUUUCUGGCCUUUCCCUUUCCCUGAUUGCAUCAGGUAGAAUCCUUGUCUCUAGCUUGGUUUCCACAUGAGGUUUCUCUGAAGAAGGGGACUAGGAAAAGAAGUCUGUCAUGUAGCUAAGUAGGCAAGAAAUCUUAUUAAUCCAGUUUUGUUGAGAGUUCCUUGUCCAUUUGAUUUUUAAAGUCAAGUUUAAUUUCACAAAAACUUUUUUUUUCUGAAAUUACUUUUGGGGUAAUAUUUAAACUGAGAGACAUUUUGUAACCCUGUAAAAUACAUAGGGAAUAUAACAUUCCAGUGUACACAGAGAAGGCAAAUUCUUUAAUCAAAUAAAGAGUAUUAUAAAAUGA